AAAGGGAGCAGCCCUGCUCGGUUGAGUGCCCAAGUGUGAUAUGGUGUUCUUCCCAGAUGCAGUAACAACCACUGUGUUCUCAGAGGCCCAGGGAGCAGCCGAGCAGCCAUGGGACUGCUGGCCGGGGAUGGGCUGUGGUCUGCGGCCAUCAUCACGGCCAUCUUCCUGCUUCUGGUGGACCUGAUGCACCGGCGCCAACGCUGGGCUACCCGCUACCCACCAGGUCCGGUGCCACUGCCUGGGCUGGGCAACCUGCUGCAAGUGGACUUCCAGAACCUGCCAUAUUCCUUCUACAAGCUGCGCCAUCGCUUUGGGGACGUGUUCAGCCUACAGCUCGCCUGGAAACCGGUCGUUGUGCUCAAUGGGCUGGAGGCCGUGCGGGAGGCGCUGGUGAAGUGCGGAGAGAACACAGCAGACCGGCCACAAGUGCCCAUCUACGACCACCUGGGCUAUGGGCCCAAAUCCAAAGGGGUGGUCCUGGCACCCUACGGGCCUGACUGGCGGGAACAGCGGCGCUUCUCUUUGUCCACGCUGCGCAACUUCGGUCUGGGCAAGAAGUCUCUGGAACAGUGGGUGACUGAGGAGGCCGGUUACCUCUGCUCCGCCUUCAUGGACAAGGCUGGACACCCCUUCAACCCCCAGACCCUCCUGAACAAGUCAGUAUGCAAUGUGAUUGCGUCCCUCAUUUUUGCCCGUCGGUUUGAAUUUGAAGACCCACACUUCACUAGAUUGAUCCAAACGUUGCAAGGAAUUAUAGGCGAGGACACGAGCUUCAUUGCUGAGGUGCUGAAUGCCAUCCCCAUAUUCCUGCGCAUCCCGGGCCUACCUGCUAAGGUCUUUCCUAACCUGAAAGCCUUCAUGAGUCAGGUAGAUGGUCUGCUGACCGAACACAGAAUGACCCGAGACCCCAAUCAGCCACCCCGAGACCUCACUGAUGCCUUCCUGUCCGAAGUGGAGAAGGCCAGGGGCAAUCCCGAGAGCAGCUUCAAUGACGCAAACCUGCGCUUGGUGACGUUUGACCUGUUCUCUGCGGGGAUGGUGACCACCUCGACCACGCUGGCCUGGGCUCUGCUCCUCAUGAUCCUGCACCCGGAUGUGCAGCGCCGCGUCCAGCAGGAGAUCGAUGAAGUAAUAGGACAGGCGCGGAGUCCGGAGAUGGCAGACCAGGCCCACAUGCCCUUCACCAACGCCGUGAUCCACGAGGUGCAGCGCUUUGCGGACAUUGUCCCAGUGAAUUUGCCUCACUUGACAACUCGUGACAUUGAAGUGCAGGGCUUCCUCAUCCCCAAGGGGACCACCCUCCUCACCAACCUGUCCUCGGUGCUGAAGGAUGAGAGCGUCUGGGAGAAGCCCCUGCGCUUCCACCCUGAGCACUUCCUGGAUGCCCAGGGCCGCUUCGUGAAGCAGGAGGCCUUCAUGCCCUUCUCAGCAGGCCGCCGCGCGUGCCUCGGGGAGCCCCUGGCCCGCAUGGAGCUCUUUCUCCUCUUCACCUGCCUCCUGCAGCGUUUCAGCUUCUCGGUGCCCGCAGGACAGCCCCGGCCCAGCGACUGUGCCAUCUUUGCAUUGCCAGCGAUCCCACACCCCUACCAGCUCUGUGCUGUGGCCCGCUAACAGGAGCCCCGGGUGCUGCAUAUUGAACCCAGACCUGGGGUGUACUCAGCCAGCAUCCUGCUGGGAGCUCCACCCUCAGCCCUACAGCAACCACUAACAUUCAAGUGGUGACUAGUACAUGAAUACUAAGCAACCAUCACGGCCAUCCAUCCACAAGAUCUCUUCCUCAGAACGCUGAAGCCUUGUACACCAAAUACAACAAUUCCCAAUACGAGCCUCAGCCGAGUCCCAAGCACCCCCAUUCUACUUCCUGUAAACUUAACAGGUUGGACUCAUGUACUGUUUGACAUUUUGCAAUUGACUUAUUUCACUAAACUGCUAAAGAUUCAUUCACCUCCAAUGGUUACAUAAGCAGUAGACUCCCUGUGCUUCAUUCCUCACUGUAUGCAAAAGCACUAAUCUCCCCGUACUUUAUCCUUCACUGUGUGCAUGAGCAGUAACUUCCCCGUGCUUCCUUCUUACUGUAUCCAUGAGCAGUAGUCUUCUGGUACUUUGAUUAUUUGGUUUAAAAUCAUUUGGCCAUU